CAGCGGCGGCGGGCGGAGGAGGAGGUGGCGGCGGCGGCGGGAUGGAGGGGCUCAUCCCGCUCGUUAACCGGCUGCAGGAUGCCUUCGCGGCGCUGGGCCAGAACUGCCUGCUCGACCUGCCGCAGAUCGCGGUGGUGGGCGGGCAGAGCGCCGGCAAGAGCUCCGUGCUGGAGAACUGCGUCUCCAGGGAUUUUCUUCCACGAGGUUCUGGAAUUGUGACAAGGCGACCAUUGGUCCUGCAACUCAUCACUGCCAAAACAGAGUAUGCUGAAUUUCUACACUGCAAAGGGAAGAAAUUUACUGAUUUUGAUGAAGUUCGUCAGGAAAUUGAAGUAGAAACAGAUAGAGUAACAGGAAUGAACAAAGGCAUUUCUUCCGUUCCUAUUAAUUUAAGAAUAUAUUCUCCACACGUCUUAAGCCUGACGCUUAUCGAUUUGCCGGGAAUCACUAAAGUGCCAGUGGGGGAUCAGCCUCCAGAUAUUGAGCAGCAGAUCAGAGACAUGAUAAUGCAGUUCAUCUCUCGAGAGAACUGCCUCAUCCUGGCUGUGACUCCAGCUAACACUGACCUGGCCAACUCAGAUGCCCUGAAGCUGGCAAAGGAAGUGGACCCUCAGGGCCUUAGGACCAUCGGUGUGAUCACAAAAUUGGAUCUGAUGGAUGAAGGAACAGAUGCAAGAGAAGUUCUAGAAAACAAACUCCUCCCUCUUCGCAGAGGUUAUAUUGGUGUUGUAAACAGAAGCCAGAAAGACAUUGAUGGGAAGAAGGACAUAAAGGCAGCUCUUCUAGCAGAAAGGAAAUUCUUCCUUUCUCAUCCAUCCUACAGGCACAUGGCAGAUCGGAUGGGAACACCGUAUCUCCAGAAAGUUCUAAACCAGCAACUUACCAAUCAUAUUCGGGAUACCCUGCCAGCCUUCAGAAGCAAACUCCAGAGUCAGCUGCUUUCUAUAGAACAUGAAGUAGAGGUAUACAAAAACUUCAGACCAGAAGAUCCCACCAGAAAAACAAAAGCCCUGUUGCAGAUGGUACAACAGUUUUCAGUGGACUUUGAAAAAAGAAUUGAAGGAUCAGGAGAUCAAGUUGAUACGCUAGAACUUUCAGGAGGUGCCAAAAUCAAUCGUAUUUUCCAUGAACGUUUUCCCUUUGAACUCGUGAAGAUGGAAUUCAACGAGAAGGAACUGCGGAGAGAGAUAAGUUAUGCCAUCAAGAACAUACAUGGGAUCAGAACAGGUUUGUUCACUCCAGAUAUGGCGUUUGAAGCCAUUGUUAAAAAGCAGAUUGUUAAGCUGAAAGGACCUUGCUUAAAAAGUGUGGAUCUGGUGAUGCAAGAGUUGAUCAACACUGUCAAGAAGUGCACUAAAAAGUUGGCAACAUAUCCAAGGUUGUGUGAAGAAACAGAAAGAAUUGUUGCUGGCUACAUUCGUGAAAGAGAAGAGAAGACCAAGGAUCAGAUGCUGCUGCUCAUUGAUAUCCAGGUUUCUUAUAUCAACACCAACCACGAAGACUUCAUUGGCUUUGCAAAUGCCCAACAAAGAAGCAGUCAGGUUAACAAAAGUGCAGUGGGAAAUCAGGGAACCAAUCUACCGCCUUCAAGGCAAAUUGUCAUCCGGAAAGGCUGGCUCACCAUCAACAACAUUGGCAUCAUGAAAGGAGGAUCCAAGGAAUACUGGUUCGUUCUGACUGCAGAGAGCUUGUCCUGGUAUAAAGAUGAUGAGGAAAAAGAGAAGAAGUAUAUGCUGCCUUUGGACAACUUGAAAGUGCGAGAUGUUGAAAAGAGCUUCAUGUCCAGCAAACACAUCUUUGCAUUGUUUAACACAGAGCAGAGGAAUGUUUACAAGGAUUACCGUUUCCUUGAGCUAGCCUGUGACUCCCAAGAGGAGGUGGAUAGCUGGAAGGCAUCUCUGCUACGAGCCGGUGUCUAUCCUGAUAAAUCCUCAACUGAAACUGAAGAGAAUGGCCAAGCAGAUAAUUUUUCAAUGGACCCCCAGCUGGAAAGACAGGUGGAGACAAUUCGAAAUCUUGUGGACUCCUACAUGUCUAUUAUUAACAAAUGUAUUCGAGAUUUGAUACCGAAAACAAUCAUGCACCUCAUGAUCAACAAUGUGAAAGAAUUUAUCAAUGCAGAACUGCUGGCUCACUUGUAUUCCUCUGAGGACCAGAACACGCUGAUGGAGGAGUCGGCGGAGCAGGCACAGCGGCGGGACGAGACCCUGCGCAUGUACCAGGCCCUGAAGGAGGCUCUGGCCAUCAUCGGGGACAUCAGCACCAGCACGGUCUCCACCCCUGCUCCCCCUCCUGUAGACGACUCGUGGCUUCAGCAGGCACGCAGAUCACCUCCUCCAAGUCCUUCAACUCCGAGAAGACCGACAUUAAACAAUCCCCCAACCAGACCUCUAUCUGGCCGAGGACCCGCUCCUGCAAUCCCCUCUCCAGGCCCUCAGUCGGGGGCUCCCCCGGUGCCGUUCCGCCCAGGACCACUGCCUCCGUUUCCCAGUGCUGAAGCCCAUGGAGGACCACCGCAGGUUCCCUCUCGGCCCAGCCGGACUCCUCCCAGCGUGCCAAGUCGAAGACCACCCCCUUCACCUACUCGGCCCACUGUAAUCCGUCCGUUAGAUUCAUCCCUGUUAGACUAAAAGGAUUUCUGGCAUGUCAUUCGUUGUUAACCAAAUGUGUGGAAACAAAUUGCUUGGUAACUGUCACAAUAACAAAUGUAUAGUCGCAUGUAUGGACAUCUAUAGGCAAGUAACCAAUUUUACUGAUAUACUCUGUCCAUUCUGCCGUGUUUAUUGAGGUCUUCAAUGUUUGGGGAAGGUCUGUGCUGCCUUGACUUUUCCUUCUGCAAUAACUGAUGUUAGCUAACUUACUGACACAUAUCUCCACCCAGACAACUGUGCUCACAGUCCUCUACAGCAAACAGAGGGCUUGACUCUGUGUGUAUUUGUGCAUGUGUUGAUUUGAUCUGCUGCUUUUUUUUUCCUCUUACCUGAAAGGAAUCUUGCUUUUAUGUGUACCUUCCAGGUUUUCUAUUUUCUCUUGUAAUGGCUAAACUGGGCAAAGAAAAGCCAUGUGGUUUCUUACCAAGUUCUUCUGAAGGCCCCACACUUCCAGGUCUCUUGCAAGAGGCUUGCUUCUCCUGUAAAUUCUCCUUAUCCAAAAUUUGGUUUUAAGGAAUGUUGUUAAACGAGGAGGGUGUGUGUGGGACAAGGCAUGUUUUGCUUUCUUUCCAUCCUGGCAGCUGCAAUGCCAGGUUGGCUGGGUUGGUGAGGAGCAGGCUGGAGUGCCCCAGCUCACAGGGCUGGGCAUGGAGCCAUCCCAUCCUGCAGCCAGGAUGGGACAGGGUGCUUUGGAGAGCUGGGGUGUGACAGAGCAGGGUGUGCCAGCUCCCUCUGUCCUGUGCCAGUGCCUGCUCACACUCCUGCUCCCACUGCUCUCCUGGGAAGUGCUGGAGGGGAGUGAGUGCAUGGAAAUGUGCUGUGUGCAGGAUGCAAGGAACUGAGCACUGCUUUGGGUCCUUUUGUGAUGCAGAAGGACACAGAGAUACAGAUACAGGCACAGCUGGGUGUGGGCUCCCCCUCCUCUGCCCACUGUGGGGGCCAGUCCACAGAGCUCCAGCCUAAACUGGCAGCUGAGCUUCCCAAGGGCCAGGUUUGGAUGUGAGAUAUUUGUGAUAUUUUCACAUCUCAGUCAAUAAGUUUCCCUGUGCCCUCUGUGUAAAGAUUUUCUUUUUUCAUUGCACACGCCUUGGUUUACUGUUGCUUUUUCCAGCUAAGUUCUGGGAAGUGCUCAGCUGUGCAUCCUGGAUUAUUUUAGCAGCUGCUCACUUGCAGAGGUCCUCUCUGCAUCUUGUUUUGCACCUUAUAAAUUGAUGCAUUAUAAAAACCUUUUGUCUUAACUGCAUUACUUCACUUUAAACACUUAGGGUCAGUGUCACCCUUAAAAGCUUAGAAGUUAUUGAGUUAACAGAAUGAAACUAGAGAGGAAUUUGGCCUUGUUCCUUCAGAAAAUAUGAAUUGCUGCUAUUACAAUUAUAGUUACAGAUCCCUAGGCAAAGCAAUUGGUGGUUUCAAAAGCCCCCAGUACAAUCAGUCUAAUAAAUGUGUUUAUUGAGACUGCUUGUAGGGCUCCAGUAUGGUGUAGCCCCAUGGUUAGGAAGAAUCAAAUCAAAGAGCCACAACAAAUGGGGAUUUAGCCUGUUAAUUCCCAGGCUGCUGAUUAGCUGUGCUCACCAGUGCAGCAAAUCGUGUUUCAGCUUGCAGAAGAGAGACAACCUUGGGAAAGCAUCAUGAUUUGUAUGUUAGCUUAACUUCAAUUUCCUGUCGGCUCCAUACUUGUGAAACACGCCUGGGGAGUCUGGAGGUCACAUCUGAUGCAUGGUGAAGAUGGAUUUCGUCAGAGCAGUGGCAUCUUGGUGAUCUCAGCAGACUGCUGAAGUUGCUGGUGUUUGGGGAACAGGGCCACAUCUCUAAUGCCAUGUACACAGAAUCAGCUUUCAAGGAAAAGAAAAGGUUGCAAACACAACCACAGUUCAUACCCAUUUUUACUACAAAAAAAGAAACCAUCUUUUGGUGAUGAUUCCUGUCUUCUACACAGCUUUCCGCUGUUUAGUGCUCUCUGCUGUAACCUGUGCUGCAUCUGUUGGAUAUAUUUUUGUAAAUAGCACAGGAGCCCGUAUUGUUGCCUCGCCAGCACUCCUGUAUAUCUGAACAGGGUCUGUCACAACUCUGGUACUGACUGGCAGCUGCCUGCUGAUGGAAAGCCAAGUUUAAUGGCUGAGCCAUAGAGAUCACUGAUAUCACUUCUGCUGCCAGGAUUCCAAAUUCUCAUACUCACUUGGUGAUAGAAGACCAGGUGGGACGGGUCUUUCAGCAACCUGGUCUAGUGGAAGGUGUCCCUGCUCAUGGCAGGAGGCUUGGAACAAGAUGAGCUCCAAGGUCCCUUCCAACCCAACCCAUUCUAGGGUACUGCAAGUCUGGGUUUAUCCCACCAUACCCCAAGGACUCUGCUUAGUUGUCCUUUGUUCAGUGGGAAGAGCGUCACCUCCAGGAGGUGAUUCAGGCUGCUUGGGACACAAGGGCAACGCUGGUAGGUCAGGAGCCUCAAUUACAUGACGCAGAUCCUGGCCUAAAAAUGUGCUUUUAAAUGCUCUCUACUUGAGACUCCCUAAUUUACUUUAAUGACUGUUUCUGCCGAGCAUAAGGAAGUAGGUGGCACAAUUGAGCACUGUCCUUUACUCUGCCCCCAAGAAACCAUUUUUCAGCAGUAAUCCUGAAUUGUAAAUAAAGCUCUCAAGAGUGGAUUUACCCAAAAGAGGAGGAGGAGGAGGCAGUGAGGUGUCAGCACCAUCUGGUUCUGUACUUGAUGCUGAGGGUGCAGGACACAGCUGCACAGCCCUCCUUCCUCUGCUUUCUCAUUCAGAUCUCAUCUAAAUCUGGCCUUGUGCCCUAAAUGCAACACUUUGAGGUGUGCAGGUUAAUGAAUAACCGUGAGCACGAAUCCAGGGUUUGAUGAUUUCACCUCUUCUUGCGUAUGAGCUUGUGAGAAUAAACCACAUGGAAUUGUUUCUAGGAAAAACACUUAAAUGCUUCCCAAGAAAUUGCCACAUCCAAUUGAGUAAGUACUGUCCUCCAGCCGUGGCCCACUUCCUUCUGCUGCUGAGCACCUGGAAUGGGUUGGUUUGUCCCACUCACUCCUGAUGCUGGUGAGUCCCGUCCAUCCUGUCCCUUGUUCUCUCUCCAGAGAGGAGCAGCCUUGGUAGCAACUCACUCAAUGCCCAAAGGAAAGCAGGGCAAGCACCCUGUGGAUCUGCCAGAGGGACUGAGCACCUCUGCAGACCCACUUAGGUGGGAUGAGCCAAGUCUGAACUCUGGUCUGAGAAGCGCAGGUUGCUCUGCCUUGCUCUGAUUCCCUUUGGCACAACUCCGAUUGCCAGGGCAUAGUGGAGCAAUAGUGAAGCAACACUGAUGUUUCUGAUCUGACGUGAGGUACAUAAAGAUCUGGGUGGUGUAGUUGCUAAGUUUCAGGAGGGUGCUCAUCUACUACUGCAUUUAGGCUGAGCCUGGAUGUCUGCCUAGAGAACAUUUCCACCUCACCCCGCCAUGACUGACCGACAGCUGAAGAGCUUGUGCGUGCCGUGAACAGCUCUCGGCCUUGGAUCUCAAGGGACCUUGUGCUAGGGUUAAAAAGAUUGUAUGUUCAACAAAAAGGCUUAUGUACAUAGUUAAUGUGUGUUUAUUUUAUUGCUGAUCUUGAUGCACUUUCUGAGUAAGCCGCCUAAAAGUAGAUUAUUUAUUAUAUUAAAGAAGAUACAUUAUAGGUUAUGGCAUUUCUUGUUCAAGUAUAACAUAGAAAAUAUUAUCUUCUCUGUUCCAGACAGCUCCACUAGCCAUGAUGUGUACAGCCCAUUGAGAUUCCUCACUAGUUCUGUCCUUCUGUCUUAAAAUAGCCCAAACCUCCUGAAUUGAGAUCAGACCUGCUUUGUCCCUGUGCACCAGGGAGCCUCUUGGUGUACUCCUGACACAGCUCCUGCUGCCGUGGCACUGCCCUUGCUCCCAGGCUGGUGCAGAACAGCUCCCUUGUGUAAAUGAAUGUUACUCUGCCUGUCUUUCCUCUUGCUUUGUCUGCAGGCGAGCUGAUGCCGAUGGCUCCUCCCGUCCCGACAGUCCUCCACUCUUGCUUGAUCUAUGAUUUGUCCCGCCUUGCCGGCCGUGUGCUUUACUGCUGUCUCUUUACUUUUCCAGGACGGGGUAAACUAUGACUUCUUUUUUGUAAGAAGCAAACGCUUAAUUUCUUUCUGAUUUUUUUUUUUUUUCUCUGUAUGUUAAUGCCCUACUUCAUGUGAGCCAAAACAUCUGCCUUUGGUUUCGUAAUCUGUAAAUGGUUCCUGGUGUUGACCUUUGAGCACAGCGAGUGGAUUCCUGAAACCGUGGUCAUUACUGAGCAUCACAUACACCUGCUGUAAAAAUGUUAUGCUGCAUUUCUGAACCUGAAAUAAACUGUAAUUCUUGAUGGGCUUUUAUUAUUA